AUGGCGGAUACAGAUGAAACAAUGAUCCCGCGAGUUCUUGACUGUUUCAUUGUUAAAGGGCCCAACGGAUUACACCCAUGUCUUGUCACGACACCUGCACGAUGUAGCCUCAUAGAUACGAAAGAUGCGUCUGACUUGGGCCUCUUCCAACUAGACGUGGCCCGGUCUCUGGCUGUUCAAGUUACAAAAGCUGUUGCCCAUGUCCAUUCACGCGGUUAUGCCCAUGGAGCCUCGCUCAACAACUUGACGAUCAACCAGCUGUAUGCAAAGUUCGGUGCUCCAAUACUGGAGCCCAUUGUUCGUCUAGACGGGUCUGUAGAACCGUUACCAACAGGCGUACCUUCUCAUUCUGUUCUCCCUGUCUGUCUUGGCUUACCGAGUGAUGAUAUCUCCCUGUGCGAUGCCAGACUCUUACUGAGUGACUUUGGUAUCGCCUUCCGGCCAGAAGAUAAGACAAAAUGCGAGUCCAACGCACCAAUUGUUGCCCGGCCUCCCGAGUCUUAUUUUGAGCCAACAAAGCCUCUCACUUUCGAAUCAGACAUAUGGAGCCUCAGUUGUCUGAUUUUCGAGUUAUUUGCCCAUCGCUCCCCAGGACGACAUUACUGCGCAACAAGUUCAUCUGCAGGUAAAGGCCAGGCGCUCAGUAACGAGCGGGAUAUCUGGUCAUGGGACAGGCGUUUCAGCGAAUGGAUACAGGAGCCGAGGAAAUCGGAGGGUACGGAAACCAUCAACUCAGAGGAGGCGGCUGCGCUAUUGGACUUACUGAAACGAAUGCUUGCAUGGAAGCCUGAGAAUCGGCCUCCGGCGCAGCAAAUUUUGGAGUCCGAAUGGGUGAAGGAAUGGGCUUUGCCAGCCUACAACAAAACCAAGACAACUUCAGAAGCCGCAAGAGCAUGA